ACCUUAAAAAAAAACAAGGUACUCGGCUUAGGCUAAAGGCCACAUAGAUACAUGCGCUCCGUUUCUGUUUCUGCCCAAUCUCUAUCUCUCUCUAUCUGGCGGCUCACUUUCUCUCUCUAGAAAGUUUUCUCGCCUUUUCUCUCUCUCAAGAUCUGAUCGGUUCUUGCCGUAGCUACUAUACCAUGCGGUGAAUCGACUCUGAGCCGCCUCGUAACCCUAGAUCCUUCGGUGAUUUCUAUCUCAAGAUACAGAACUCCCUCUCUCUCUUAGGGCUAGCAUACCCAAAUCGCCAUGGUCGGGGGUGCACAACAACCUCAACUUCAAUCUCAAUCUCAACCCACAACGACAAUCCCAGCAACAACAACGACAACAACCUCGGCCGAAGAAGCCGCCUUGAAAAGGAACACCGAUUGCAUUUACUUUCUGGCUUCACCCUUAACCUGCAAGAAGGGAAGUGAGUGUGAGUAUCGCCAUAGCGACAUUGCCCGGGUUAACCCCAGGGAUUGCUGGUAUUGGUUGAAUGGUAAUUGCUUAAAUCCGAAGUGUGCAUUCCGGCAUCCACCUCUUGAUGGAUUGUUAGGAGCCCAGACACCAACUCCUGCAAGAUCUUCUAUGGCUCAGUCUCAGACUGCAGCAGCACCUGCGACGCAUGCUCAAUACAGCUCAAGUAAACAAGCAGUGCCCUGCAUCUUCUUCCAAAAAGGUCUUUGCUUAAAAGGUGACAAAUGCUCCUUCUUGCAUGCACCAAACACUACCAACAAUAAAGUCCCACAGGUAGCUGCAGCUGCACCUUUUACCGAGCCUCCCACUCCUGUGAAGACCUUUGGUGGCCUUGAAAGGUGUACUCAUGAGAAAAAGAUUUCACAAACAACUGUUCCGAUGCCCAUUGAAUUGCGCCCCAAGGCAAAACCAGUGGCAAAAGUUGAAAUUACUCUUCCAAAAAAUGUAGCUGCUGUUCAUAAGAACAUGCCACCACCUUCAGGUUUGGAUGAUGAGUUUUUAAGGUACAGACCAACUGAUGUUCCUCCUGCAAACAAUGGAGACUCGAUCAGCAGGUCUGCCCAUGUAUCAGAUAGUCACAAUAUCUUGAAUGGUAGGGAUGCGUAUCAGUUAUCAAGGGAACCCUCCCCUGGUUUUGAUGUUCUUGUCGAUGAUGAACUCGGAGAUUCUGAUUAUUAUCAUAAUGAGGAUCAAUUUGGGAGAACACAAACUCAUGAGGGAAGGAAUUCAUACCCCAUGAACGAAUAUGAUGGUGCUGAUUAUAAUGAUGUUGACCAAAAUAUUUAUCGUGAUUCACGUGGCUAUGACCCAUACGAGCGCAUGCAAGGGCAGUUUGGUUGGGAGCAGCAGCGCAGGGCUUCAUCCGAGAGGAUGGUGGGGGGUUUAGCUAAUCUGGAAAGGAGGCAAUAUCCUAGAGGUGAUAGUCCUGAUCAAAUUGAUGGGUCAGAUUUGCGACAUCGUUUAUCAAAGCAAAGGAGGGUUAAUGGUUUGAGAUCAGUUAUUAGUCAGGAGUAUGCAAAUGAUGACCGUGACGAAGAUCGCAGUUACCGGGGUUCUCGCAGGGAGGCCCGUCAUGUAACCUCGCGUGAGGGUUCCUUAAGCAGUCGCCUCCGGGGAAGAAUAAAAAUUCCAGAAAGAUCAUCUUCUCCUGUGAAUAGAUUUGAUCUGCGUGCAGAAAGGGAAAUGGAUGGGGGAAGGAUUGGUGGCAGAUUGUCACCGGGAAGGCCACAGAUUUCCUCUCACCAGGGAAGGCUUCGAGACAGAAUAAAAGGGAGACUGCAAGAGGAUUUCAAUGAUGAAGGGAGAAAUUUUAGAGGUCUGCGCAAUAAAAGAGACAUAAUAAAUGACAAUGAUGCUGAUUUUGCUGCUCCAAAGCGUCUGUCAGAGCUGAAAGUUGGGAAGAACAGUGACAGCGACGAGCAACAAAUCUACAAUCAACAAUCACUUUCCCUUGGGAGACGGAAAUACCCCACCAAGUUAGAAGGACGUCAACAGACUGAAGGCGAUCUCUCAUUUGAAGGGCCAAAGCCUCUAAGUGAGAUUCUGAAGAGAAAGAGAGUAUCUGAUGACUACGAUCAGAAGGAAAGUGUAUUGGAGGAAGCCAACCUUGUGCAUGGCAGUGAGGGAGAAUCCAAGUUCGCAGCAGAUGACAACGGUGGAUCUGCAGAAGAAGGUUUAAUUCCUACAAAAAGAAUAAAAUCAACUGAUGGCGAGUCUUCUCCACAAUGUGAAGUGAGCCAGCUUGAGAUGGAAGAUGGUAUGAUAAUAGGUGAUGAAGCUGUGGAAUAUCAUGGCACUGAAGCUUAUGAUCAGAGGGAUGGGGACUCUGAUUACGAGCAGGUUGAUGGGGAAGAUUUCAACCUAGAGGAAGGUGAACAUGCAGACCAGGAAGACGAAUAUGUGGACGAUGACGAUGGGGAUGAUUUUGCAAAGAAGAUAGGUGUCAUGUUCUCAUAAAAAGAAGAGGGUGGUUUGCUCAAACUAUGAUUAUUAGUAUUUGCAGAGGACCUGAACUUCUUUAUAGUAGCAUUCGGCUCUGAAUAAGUAAAAAAUUCAGCUGCUGUGGGUUCUUGUGCCUAGAUGUUGGAUCAUUAAGAGUCAGUCUUGUUUUUGUUUUAUUUACCUUUGUAUUAUUAGAAUCAUCUAUUUUAGCUGUAUCUAAAGUCUUGAAUUGAUUGAAUGAGAAAUUUGCUUCAGAGGCAUGACUGCAAAA